AGUCAGGCGGGACAAAGCACUUGUUCAGAGGAUUCAGACUGUUCGGACACCGACCGUUAACUGUCUCUUGUCUCUACUCGGGACUGGGGCUUCAAGCAGAGACGCGACUUUUUAAAGUUGAACCCCGGAUAACGAGAUACACAUUAAAAGUUGCCAUCUUUCCAGCGGACGUUUAUUUUGUUGUUGAUUUUUUUUCUCAGCGAUUCACAAACUUUUGAGUGCACCGAGGAGAGUUUUCACAGGAAACAGGGACCCGGGCCAGAUUUCAGCCUCUUCCUCCUCCUCAGUCAUCCUCAGUCCUCGACGUAUAUUCAGCGAUGUUCGACAAACAGCACUAUGAGAGUCCGCCUGUUUACAGCCCUCCAUCCAACAACGGCUUUGGCCCUCCAGGCAGCUUCCAUGGCCCUCAGAGUGAUUUCAACGCCUACCCACCUCCGCCUGGAUCUUACUACAUUGAGGACAAACCACAGCACUUCUACAAAUGGCUGUCACCUCCUGGGAUCAUCAAGGCCAUGAUGGCUACAGUGAUCAUCCUCUGUGUGGCAAUAUUCGCCUGCGUGGCCUCCACCCUCAUGUGGGACAUGCAGUAUGGAUACGGUAUGGGAAUGGGCUAUGGCACUGGGAUGGGCUACGGCAGCGGAUACGCAGGGGGCAGCUUUGGCUCCAGCUAUGGCUCCGGAUAUGGAGGUUAUGGAGGCUACAACAACAACAACUACUAUGGCUCCUACAUUUCUCCUUACUCGGCCAAAACCGCCAUGAUUGCCAUGGCAGCCAUUAACUUCAUCGGAGCGCUGGGAUUCUUCAUCACCAGCUUCUCUAAAUCCAGCAUGUUCCGCAGCAGGAAGUUCUUUCUUGCACUCUUGAUAACCAGCAUCAUCAUGGCCGCCCUGCAGGGAAUCAUAAACAUUGUCUACAUCGUUGGAGUGAACCCAAUGGCCCAGGGCUCCUCCAGCAUGAUGUACAACCCAAUGCUCAUGAUGUGCCAGAACCUGUACCAGACCGGCUACUCACAGAUGGGAGGAGUGGGAGGCUUCCCCAUGUACAACCAGUACCUCUACCAUUACUGCUUUGUGGACCCACAGGAGGGUGUUGCCAUGGUGUGUGGAUUCCUGGUCGUUAUCGCUCUGGGUGUCGCAGCCUUCUUUGCAUUCAAAACUCGAGGGAAGAUCUGGCGCUACGGGAAACCAAACAUCUACUGGGAGGAGCCUCUUGUCGCGGGGAAGGCUUCAGAAGGCCGCGAUGUGGAGGAAUGGGUGAACAAUGUGGAGGAAAGCCACAGUGUUCAUGACGCGCCCACCCUGCUGGUGUCGGAGAAGGGAGCGGGUCUGCUCAACGCCUCGGUGAACAGUGUCAUCUCCUACACACCGGAUAAGACAGACAGCAGCUUCUAUAACGGAGACACUUCUUACCACCACAAUGAGUACUCGGAGAGGGCCAGCCGACCAUCAGAGGCCCACUCCCACGGAGGAAGAACCAGCUCCAGCCCCUCUGAGGAGAUGAGCGGAGGCCGCAAACCCUCGGCCAACCGGGGCAAGAGACGCAGACGUAACCCCGACAUGGACGAGUCUCAGUAUGAGACAGAGUACACGACCGGAGGAGAGACAGGCAACGAGCUGGAUGAAGACGAGUGGGAGAGUUCUUACCCGGUGAUAAAAUCGGACGUGCAGCGUCAUGAAUAUAAGGCAGAGUUUGAUGCUGACCUUAGGGACUACAAGCGCAUGUGUGCCGAGAUGGACGACAUUAACGAUCGGUUGAACAAACUCAGCCGCCAGUUGGACACGCUGGACGAAACGUCCACCAAAUACCAGAUUACAGCAGAGGAGUAUAAUCACCUAAAGGAUCUGAAGCAGACACCAGACUACCAGUCCAAGAAGAGGGAGUGUCGCAGGCUGAGACGCAAACUGUUCCACAUCAAACGCAUGGUGAAGAACUACGACAAGAACCACUCGUGAAUCCACUGAGUCCUGAAUCUCGGCCUCUGUGCUCCACACAGGAAAAACACUCACAGACGUGGCCCAAGACACACUCCAAAAUGCCGCAAACUGGCGAGCUGACACACACACUCGAUACAGAGCUGCAUGUUUCAAUACACACAAACAUAUUGAGAAUGUACCGCAUGUUAUAAUAGUUACUUUAACGUGUGCUUAGUCUUUCUGAUCACUAAUGUGUCAAUAACUACUUCUGUGGUAAGGAAACCCUCUCAGUUGUAGCCACUUCCCCAGCAAACACUGCCAGCUCGUUUUGCUCGAUGUUUGUAUUCACUCGAAGGGUUGUUUUGAAAGUCACAUCACCUUCAGUCACCUGUGAUAACACAACACUUUGGUUUCAGUGUGUGUGUGUGUGUGUUUGCUCUCCAGACUGGUCAGUCACUUUUCUUUGUUUUAUCUCCACAGAUAAGAGGUGGAACAGUAUUGUAGAGAACGUAGUAGUAAAGGGGGAUCGACUGUGUCGCUGCAAUUGAUUACAAGCAGAUAUGCAGUUUGUUUUUAACCUUUGUCACGGCGUUAUUAUCUUUGUCGCAAUGGAUUGUGCUUCUCUCACCUCUUGCGUUAGUGUGAGUCAAGUUUAAAUGCUCUCUGCCACGACCAUGUGUAUUUUUUCCCGGAACUAUAUUUAUAUUGUUUGUCAAAAAAUGCAAGUGAGACCAAAAAGGAGACAAAGUGGUGUUUUGUGUAUAUAUAUACAUAUAUAUAUAUGUAUAUA